GACAUAAAAAGUAUACGGUCUGGUUUUAUUUAUGAAUUAAUAGAGUUGAUCAAUCCUCGUCUAAAACCAGGAUACAACUCUACUCCGGAAGUAGUCUUUGUUCUCGUCACUGCAGGCGAUUGAUCAACAAGUCGCGACGUUUGCUCCGAGUUUCAUCCGAAGAAUUAUUGUUUGUAAAGUAUUUUAAUCAUCUAUUGCAACGUAUUUUAUCUAGAACAACGGACAAGAAGAAUUAGAAAGCCAACUAAUGGAAACUAAUGAUGUUAAAACUAUUCACCAGUGUGGUGUAUGUGAUGAAAUUUUUCAACGAUAUGAUGAUUUAGUAAAACACAAUAAGAUACAUGUUAAAGAAGAGAAAACUGAUGAUGUAGAUGAAUAUUGUCAUGUUCAAUUUAAAGAAGAGAAAACUGAUGAUAUAGAUGGAUAUUGCCAUGUUAAAGAAGAGAAAACUGAAGAUAUUGAAACAUGCUAUCAGUGUAAUUUGUGUGAUGAAGAAUUUAAAUCGGACACUGAUUUAGAGAAACACUGUGAAAUACAUGUUGAAGUCGAGAAAAUCAACGACCAAACUGAACAGAUCUCUGGACAAUCCAAAGAUUGUAAGACAAAGCGUGACGAGAAUUUUAAAUCUGAUAUUUGUAAUAAAUCAUUUAAUGAAAGUCAGCAAUUACAAAAUCACAUCUUGAAGCACACCAAUAAAAACCCAUAUAAAUGUGGUGUUUGUGGUGAGGCUUUCGUUAAUGGUAGCCCCCUGAAACGACACAUGGCAGUUCAUUCAGGAGAGAAAAUAUAUGAAUGUAAUCUUUGUGGUCGAACAUUAAGUUGCCUUAGCAUACUACAGAGACACAUGAGAAUUCAUACUGGUGAAAAACCUUAUAGAUGUGAUGUUUGUAGUAAAUUGUUUUCUACCUGUAGUAAUUUACACCUGCAUGAAAGAACGCACAGUGGAGAAAAAGCAUAUACCUGUGGAGUUUGCGGCAAAUCUUUCAAACAUUGUAGCACUCUUCAGUUACAUAUGAGAAUUCAUACAGGUGAAAAACCUUAUAAAUGCGAUGUUUGUGGUACAUCAUUCGCCCGAAUUAGUACCCUACAAGCACACACGAAACGUUCGACCGACGAAAAAAUGUAUAAAUGCCAUUUUUGUUGUAAAUCUUUCAUGAAUCUUAUCAAUCUAAAAGAACACAUCACAAUUCAUCCAGAAGCAAGAACCAUGGUCAAUCAUUCAGCCUCAAAAGUCAACUACAGAACCACAUGAAAACUCAUAUCGGUGAUAAAUCUUAUAAAUGUAAUGUUUGUAGUAAAUCAUUCACCCAGUGUAGUUCUCUACAAUCACAUGUCA